CCUGAAGGGUACAGAUCAUACAGCUGUUGCAUUGUGGGAUUGGCUGUCAGUCGAGGAGCGGUGCGCAUUUCUACCGGCACAUAUUCGCUUUAACGGACUGUGACAGCAGAUUGUCAGACAUGAUCGGGACCGUCAUCAAACAGCUCAAGAGCCACCCAGCUCUCAUCCCCCUCUUCGUCUUCAUCGGUGGCGGGGCAAUCAUGAGCGCGACAUACUUGGCUCGACUGGCUCUGAAAAACCCGGCUGUCUCAUGGGAUCGCAAGAACAACCCCGAGCCCUGGAACAGCAUAAAGCCCGAUCACCAGUACAAACUCUACUCAGUUAACAUGGACUACUCCAAGCUGAAGAAGGACGGGCCUGAAUUCUAAGUCGUCCAGUCUUCGCACCUCCGUCCCUGACAUUGUCGUCAGUGUGAGGAGCCUUUGCACUUUUUUUUGCCAAAUCCAUAACAAACCCAUGACGCUGAAUGAAGGUUGAAUCACUUGCACUCAUUCAGUCAAUUCAUUUCCAGUGUGAAGGGGGAAAGGGAUCAAUCUGGCAAACCACCUGUUUUACUAAUUCAUGAAUUUAUUUUUGACUUUGUGUCAAUUAUAUAAAAAUAAAAUAAAACUAUUUAAAUCUCA